UAGUGACAGGGAGUGACAUCUGAAGCAGCGACCACAGUAGAGCAGUAACACAUGUUUGUGAAUAGAAAAAGUGUGUUUUGCAGGCUACACAAGUUACAUCCUUACAUGCAGACACCCUGUUGGAUAUUACGUUUGAACGGAACCUCUGAUUCAUUGUAGUGUAGCCAGAAAGCUAGGUAGGUAGGUACGUAGGUAGGCUAACUGUAGUCGAGCCAAGCCAUGGCAGCCGCUGAAGCGCACAGAGUCAUAGUUUACGGAGGAAAAGGAGCGCUUGGUUCCAAAUGCGUGGAGUACUUCAGGUCCAAAAAUUGGUGGGUAGCGUGCGUUGACAUUGCUGCCAAUGACCAAGCUGACGCCAAUGUGGUGGUAAACACGACCGAAUCCUUCACGGAACAAGCUACCCAGGUGACCAAUGAUGUAUCUGAGCUGCUGGGCGAGCAGAAGGUGGACGCGAUCCUGUGCGUGGCUGGAGGCUGGGCUGGUGGAAGUGCAAAGGCCAAAGUAUUAUACAAGAAUGCUGAUCUGAUGUGGAAGCAGAGUGUCUGGACAACCACCAUCUCUAGUCACCUAGCAACCAAGCAUCUGAAAGAGGGGGGGCUGCUCACGCUGGCUGGGGCGAAGGCUGCCCUGGCUGGAACCCCAGGUAUGCUUGGCUACGGCAUGGCAAAGGCUGCGGUGCACCAGGUGUGCCAGAGUCUGGCGGGGUCAAACAGUGGUCUUCCUACUGGCGCUGCCGCCGUCGCUAUCCUGCCAGUUACCUUGGAUACUCCAAUGAACAGGAAGUUUAUGCCUGACACAGAUGUCAGCGCCUGGACACCAUUGGAAUACAUAGCAGAGUUAUUCUAUAAGUGGACCACUGGACAAGACAGACCAGCCUCGGGUAGCCUGGUGCAACUCAUCACAGAGGCUGGCAAGACAGAGGCCAAACCUCUGUGAUUAUGUGUUUCUGUCUGUCUGUGAACAUAUGUCUCUGUUUGUCUAUGGACUAUGGAGGGGUAUACUACAAGACAAGAUUACUGGCUUAUCCAAAAAAGUCACUUCAGAAGCAAUACAUGCAGUAAAGUAUUAUUUUGGAGAUCAGCGGUUACUCCCGAAGUUCCUGGGGUAAGCCAGUAACCUUGCUUCAUAGUAUCCCCCUCUGUGCCUCUGUCCGGUAACCUGGCCCCUGUAGUUUACCACUCUGUAGUUUACCCCUCUGUCCCACUCUUGGUAUUACCCAAUCUCCUCCUCCUCUGCUUGGAAGAUCUAAUGUCACCAAUGGAACUGUAGUCUUAAAUACUGCACACUGUGGUUUACCACAGGUUCUGACUUCCCCUGUGUGAGACUCAAUCCUAUUUCAGAUUAAAUACAAAACAUUUACAAACCUGUCAUACAUCAUGUGUUGCCUUGACAUAAGCUAGGACCAUGAUUUUACUGUAAGACAAGGCUGUGUAACACCAAUAAUGGAAUUUACAGUCAGAUCAACAUGACCUUUCUACAAAUAGCACUUGGGACACCUGACUGAUUACUUUGUGUAUACUUCCUUUUUUCAUGUUUGUUCUGAUCACUUGUUUUAUGUAACUGUUGGUAAACAAUGUUUGCCUUUUCAAAGAGAGUACUGACAAGCCUGGGUAAGUUCAUUUAGAGUAAGUGGUAAAUCCUCCUACAACAAGAGCAUAUGACAUUGUUUUGUUAGGAGAAUGAAGCCAUACAGCUCUUCUAUUAGGAGGUUUACCACUUACUCUGAGUUAAUUUGCCCAUGUUUAUUAAACACGUACUUGGAACACCCCCCAGGUGCACUGUUUUUGUCUGUUUGGUUGUCUACUGCUGUUGGCUUAGUUAUGUUAAAUGCCUGUUUAUUUGUCAAGCAAAAUAAAAUGCCCAUCACUCAG